AGUUGUUCACUUGAAGGAUUAAUUCACAUAAGAGUUCCCAGGUGACAGGAGGAGUUAAACCAGUAGGGUGUGUUUUUCUCGGCGUCUCGUCAGAAGCUCAGCCACUUCCUUAAAUGUUAGUUUCUUUCACUUUUCAUUGUGGUGAAGCUCAGAGACAGACAGACAGAAACGCGACGCAAACAUUAUUUACAUGAAGAAUGGCUGUGCCCUACACCAUCAGCAAGAUGAGGACAGCUGAGGAAACGGCACAGUCGCUCAGUGAGGCCAUCAAUACAGGAGACAAAGACAAGGCCAUCGGAUGUGUUGAACGGCUCCUCCAGCUGAACGUUCCAGUGUGUAUGCGACUUACUCCGGAGGUCUAUUCUCAACAGUGCAUCAGGUUGAGGGUUGGUGUCGAAGAUGCGCUGUCUGAUGCCUUCAUCUCUGUGCUGGUGACUCCUGGUAUGACGAUCUCAGAACUGAAACAGAAGAUUAGCCAAGACUAUGGCUUCCACCCUUCACUACAGUGCUGGAUCAUAGGGAAGCGUGUUGCUAAGGAUGAAGACACUCUGUUUAGCCACAACGUGACCUGUGAUGAUGAUCAAGCAUUUCUCUUCAUCAGGUCUGCCCAGUGCGCCAAUCUCAGCCGUGAACAGCGGAAACAAGAGGAGCAGAACAUGAAGAUAGGCGGUAUAAUUGAGAACAUUGAGGUGCUCAGUAGAGGUACAGGAGAUUUGGGAGCCCGACGCAAACAAUCUCAACCACCUCCUGAACGAAAACCAAAGCCUGCACCCAAACCAGUGAUAGGAUGGUCCUGUUUGCAGUGCACGUAUGUGAACAAACCAACACGGCCUGGGUGCGAAAUCUGCAGUGCUGAGAGACCAUUAAACUAUAAAAUACCAGAUGUAUACCAACCAGAUCAAGAGGAGAUACAGAGACUUCAGCAAGAAGAGCUGGCCAGUUUACAGUACCAACAAUCUAUUAUAGAAGAACGAGAGAAAAAUUUCCUCAGUCUGCUGGAGACAGACAAUCACGACCUGGUUAGUAACAAAGAGGAUAUUAGCUGCCCCAUUUGCUGUGAUAUGGUCCAGGCAGGAGAGGGCGCCACACUCCGAGAGUGCCUUCACAGCUUCUGCAGAGAAUGUGUGAAGAUGACCAUUCUGACCUGUCAGGAUGCAGAAGUGGCGUGUCCUUAUGCAGACGGGCAGUACUCCUGUGACUGUACGCUUCAGGACCGAGAGAUUAAAACACUCCUGACACCUGAGGAGUACCAGAGGGUUUUGGAGUUGAGGCUGAAUAUUGCUGAGUCACGUAGUGAGAAUAGUUACCACUGUAAAACCCUGGACUGCCCCGGCUGGUGUAUAUUUGAAGACGAUGUUAACGAGUUCGCCUGCGACAUCUGCAACGAGACAAACUGCCUCCUCUGCAAGGCCAUUCACAAAGACAUGAACUGUAAAGAGUACCAGGAUGACCUUCGCCUCAGAGCAGAAAACGAUGCUGCAGCCAAAAAGACUACAGAGGCACUUGAGAGGUUGUUGCAAGAUGGUGAAGCCAUGUACUGUCCUAAAUGCAAAGUGAUCAUCCAGAAGAAAGACGGCUGCGACUGGAUCUGCUGCCUCAUGUGUAAGACGGAAAUUUGCUGGGUGACCAAACAGGCCAGAUGGGGACCUCAGGGUCAUGGAGAUGUCUCAGGUGGAUGUAAAUGUCGCAUCAACAGUGCUCCUUGUCACCCAAAUUGUCAAAACUGUCACUGAUCUCUAAUGUGCCUUGGGAGGACGUAUCAUAUUUCCAUCUACAGUCACUGUGGAGUAGGACAUUAAUCUCUUCUGUAACUAGCAGAAUAUGAAUUAUAAUUGUGGUAUGUGAUCACAAUCUUCAUAACACAUUGUAUUAUUAUUCUGUUUAAAAAGGAAGAAUCAGGUUAUUUGGGUAUGAUGAUGACCAAAUUGUGUUUUAGACAAUGACCAAAGCGGAUUUUGCACAGUAAGCAUCAUGGCACUAAGAUCCUAGGAUGAAUGAGAGAAUUAGCAUUGUUGUGAUGACUAUCCCAUCUUCACUUGCACAUUUUCAUACACUCAUUAGUUCUUCUCUAUUAUAUAAGAGCUACUGAGAAUGGAGCAUAGAGUCUAUCACAUACUGUACAUCUGUCAAGACACCAGUCAACUGCAUCCUUCCAAACCAGUCUGUCACAGGGCAGUGUCACUCAGAGGAGAGUGCUUUAAUCUCUUUUACACACACGACCUACAAAAGACAACAUGUGGCCAUGAUUAACUAGUGCCACUCGAGUGACGGAACUGUGCCAUCCCUCCACCCAUGACCGGUUUCUGCUUUCUUUACUUCCGGCUACGGAUAACUAUGGCAUCAUCAUCAUCAGCGGGAUUUGAACUUGUGAUCUCCUGAUAAGGUUGUGUCACUCAGGAGCUCUGCAUAUUAAACUCGAGCAUUAUUCUAUAAAUGUCAUGUAAUUUAUAUACAGUAAAAGGUUCACCUUCAAAUAAAUUGAUUCUAACAUGUUAAUGAUGCAUUAAUAAUAUCUGUAAAUGAUAACCCUUUAUGUAUAAAAAGUGCUCUUUUUCAAUACUGCAAUAAUAAUCCCAUGUGACAUGU